UCCAUCUUUCCCGUUCACCCGUCUCAUACAUCGAACCCAAAACGCGAUUACGCAGAGUCCUUCUUUACCCUCCAGCGAUUCGAAUAUGCCUUGCCUUAGAGAUUUCAUUGUGCUUUUAGCAUUGGGCCAGCUAGGCAGCGCUGGAAUUCUAUGCAAAGCGCCUCCGGCGAAAUAUACCACUUGUGAGUCGCAAGGCGUGGAAUGGGUAGGGUGCACUGGGGGUGGAGCUUGUGCGACGUCGUGCUUCAACAACCCGAAGAACGAUGCCUGCGAAGCGGAAUAUUUCGAAGAACUUUGUUACCCGGACUUUGAUACUGGUCUGGAAAAAUGUGACCCAGCGGGGUGGAAGGCGUCCAACUGUUACUGCUGGUAGACCGUUACAGGCGCGUGAAUGCUGGUGGGGAGUUGUCCCUUGUUUGGUGGAUAUUCUUGUUUUGCAUACAACAGUGACAAGCAUGCGGAUUGUUGGCGGGCUCAUCGUAUACGGCAUAGCCGCCAGUCAUGUUCGUAGCUUACAUCGAUUUCUACCACCUGUUGCUCCAUGCAUCCGGAUAAGCCCUAAGUAGGACACUACGGUUUGUCCACGUCUAACAGAAAUCGGGAUCUCGUACUUAGGGUUUCUCCGAGCAUCGUUCCAGGCGAGCGUUCAGCCUGGUUAGCCGCAUUACCAAUGUUGUCCAU